GGGCGCCGCGGCGGCGCUGCCGAGCCCACAACAGUCCUAACCCGCCUGCGACACUGCGAAGAAGGGAGCGCGCAGCCCGCAGCCGAGCGCACCUGGGGAGCAGCGCCUGAGCAGUCACUGCGCCAUGUUUCACCCCGCCGAGCACGCCCAGGACUGGGCCAUGGAGGGCCCCCGGGACGCGCUCAAGAAGGAGCGGCUGCUGGACGACCGCCACGACAGCGGCCUGGACUCCAUGAAGGACGAGGACUAUGAGCAGAUGGUGAAGGAGCUGCGGGAGAUCCGCCUGGAGCCGCAGGAGGCGCCGCGCAGCGCGGAGCCCUGGAAGCAGCAGCUCACGGAGGACGGAGACUCGUUCCUGCACUUAGCCAUUAUCCACGAGGAGAAGGCACUGACUCUGGAAGUGGUCCGCCAAGUGAAGGGAGACCUGGCCUUUCUUAACUUCCAGAACAACCUGCAGCAGACUCCACUCCACUUGGCUGUGAUUACUAACCAGCCAGAAAUUGCUGAGGCACUUCUGGAAGCUGGCUGUGAUCCUGAGCUCCGAGACUUUCGAGGAAAUACCCCCCUACACCUUGCCUGUGAGCAGGGCUGCCUGGCCAGUGUGGGAGUCCUGACUCAGAGCUGUGGGACCCAGCACCUCCACUCUAUCCUGCAGGCCACCAACUACAAUGGCCACACGUGUCUGCACUUAGCUUCUAUCCAUGGCUACCUGGGCAUCGUGGAGCUUUUGGUGUCCUUGGGUGCUGAUGUCAAUGCUCAGGAGCCGUGUAAUGGCCGAACUGCCCUUCAUCUCGCGGUGGACUUACAGAACCCCGACCUGGUGUCGCUCUUGUUGAAGUGUGGGGCUGAUGUCAAUAGAGUCACCUACCAGGGCUACUCCCCAUAUCAACUCACCUGGGGUCGCCCAAGCACCCGGAUACAACAGCAGCUGGGCCAGCUGACCCUAGAAAACCUUCAGAUGCUGCCAGAGAGUGAAGAUGAAGAGAGUUACGACACCGAGUCAGAGUUCACAGAGGACGAGCUGCCAUAUGAUGACUGUGUGUUUGGAGGCCAGCGCCUGAAAUUAUGAGCUUUGGAAAGUAUCUGAAAGAACAUGGACUUGUAUAUUUGUACAAAAAGAGAGUUUUAUUUUUCUAAGAAAAAAAGAAAAGAAAAAAAAAA